GCUGGGGAGAGAAAAGCCUUGGGACCUGUUGAUACCACUGCAAUGACUUUCAGCACUUACACAGAGGAUUGUACAUUGGUGGAUGCGACCGCUUGGAAUUGAUGUCACUUGUCUCUUUACUUAAGUUUGGUGCUUCGUCUGGUGCCUAAAUGCUGUCACUGGGCAAAAUGCACUCCAGAGCCAAGUCUCGGAGUUGUGACAACUACCUGAGUAUUAAGGACACUGAGUCUUUGGACAGCUGUAUCCAGAGCACCUUGUCAGCCCUUUACCGCCCCUUCAGUGCCACCGCUGCCACCGUCCUGUGGCAGCUCUUCAGUGUGGUGGAAAGGCAGUACCGGGGAGACGGCCUCCGCUGCCUCAUUGACUUCUUGCUUCCUGCCAAGAGGAUCUUGCAAAUCAUACAACAAGAAACCUCUGUGAGGUUCAAAGGAUUGCUCUUCUAUCAUGAGGGGUGGCCUCUCUGCAUCCACGAGAAAGUCGUCUUGCAGCUUGCCCCCCUGCACAAAGUGCGACUAAAGCAAGGAGACUUCUACUUACAGAUUGUCCCUUUAGGCCGCAAGACUGCCAAGCUUGUAAUAAAAUGUCUGUCGGUCACUGGGCAGGCCAUUACAGAGGUACCCAUCGCAGAGAGCAUGUAUGGCAGCGUCUUCACAGCUGAGUUCUUGCAGAAUGUAACACGGGACCGAAACCUGCACCCACUACAGAACUGUCUGCUCACCACUGGUACAGCUGUGUUCAGGACGCCGUGGAAGAACGUGGUCAACCCUCUGUUCGUCAGCAGCACGGCAGACGCCAUCAUGCAGGCGCACUGCAGCAGAGGUGGCUUCCGUGGUCAUCUCAGCACCUGCAGCACCAGUGGAUCCACAGGGACUCUGGACAGCCACCGCAGCUCCAGAGAGUCGCUGCACUCUCAGGGAGCUGACUCCAUCUUCUCUGAGCCAAACUCACCAAACAGACCCCACAUGGACCCUAGCAGUGGGAACCACAGUGACAGUGCGCCGGACACUGCUACACCCAUUAUUAAAAUGGAAAGACCCACUGAAGAGUGUGGGAUAGGGAGCGACGAUAGCAGUGGGCGGGGAUCCAAGCUGCUGUCUUUUAGUACAGACCUCAGUAACCCAGGCCCUUGCCGUCGCCUCCCAAGGGACUCUGUUCAAUUUGAGAGUCGAAGACUUUUCAGGAAAUCUUACAUGGAGGCCCUGCAGAACCCCAUGAGUCUCGGGUCCAGCUCUGAAUCCAUACUGGAGGAAAGCUCAGAGCAUAGUGCUGGCUUAAGAGAGAGUACAUUGACACCAGGCAGCAGCCCAGACCCCCGGACCUCCUCCAGAGAACACUUAUCUCGGAGGUUGGGCAGCCGGAGCUGGCUCGGUGGUGAUGACUCCAGGCCCAGCACACCUUUACUUUACUUACAGAGGGGCCUGAGGAGCGCAGAGAGACGAGCGGAAAGACGCUCAAAGUCCCUGGAGAGGACUAACAAAGCUGGUCAGGUUAAAGGCCACAGAGAGCGAUCCUCUUCUGGAGGCGCAGCUGGAACCUCCCCCAAAAAGCUGAUGAAUGGCUACGCUCUUCGCUUUGGGAAGCUGGACCUUGAAGCAGCUUUGCCUGGUUCUGAGAGAAGAAGCAGCAAAGACGACUCAGGACAGCGUGAUGACACCAUCAGCACUGAGAGCAGGCGGCACAGGCAUAGCAGAGAAGAGUUGCACAGUCCUAAAGCUGCCAAUGGGACAACACUCAGGCGGCCUUCAGCGUCAGGCUCAACCUAUGAGAGUUUCUCAGCACUUCCUAAACUGGUGUCAGAGGUCAACCAAGAGCUGCUCACAUCGGGUGCUGUGAUCCUGCCAGGAACUCGAGAUCGCAGUGGGAGGGCUGUGCUGCAGGUGUGCACCAGAGCUCAGGUGUGGGCAGGUGAGAGUUGCACGGUCAGUGACCUCACCUGUUUACUGGGCUACUACUACUCCACGCUGCGGAAAGAAAGGCGUGAUCAAGGAUUAACUGUUGUAAUAGACAGCAGGAGGCAGCAGCCUGUUCCAGCUCUGUUGUCAUCUCUGUCUGAAUUACAGGCGUUAGCACCAAAUGCACUUUACACUGUUCUCUUCCUGGUGGACAAGGAGACAGCAGCCAAACCCGAGAGAGACAUGGAUGUACAGACUGAAACACUGUCGUCUCUGAAAGCCCUGCUGAAGCACAUCGAUCAUACCCAGUUCACAAGAGAGCUGGAGGGUAACUUCCACUACGACCACAAGCACUGGAUUCACUUCAGACAGAAAAUCGACACAUUUGCCAGCAGUUGUAGCGCAGCCAUCUCCUCGCUUCAGGGGUCCAUCAGCACCCUGAGCAACAGCGGCAACCUGAAGACAUCUAAGGAGGUUUCUGAGGUGAUGGAACAGCAGAAGACCCUCAUGAAGUGUGUACUCGAUGACACCCGUCUAAACAGACUGCGCUUAGAAGGAGGAACUGUCCUCGCCCGCAUCAGGAAGGAAGAGGCCUCUGAGAAUGAAAACUACAGAGAUGCUGUAGACAUGUUGAAUGCACUGUACAACCAGGUAGAUGAAGAAGUCCAUAAGCUUGUGAUCCUCUCCAACAAGUCUCAGAAACAGUUAGAGAGCCUGCUGGAGGUGCGCACUUUUGAGGAGCAAACACAACAGAUCAAACUCUGGUUCAGUGUAGAGGGGGAGAAGCAGCUCACUCCUUUGGAAUCAAUCACUCUGUCUGUGGCCAAAGUUAAGGAGCUGAGAGAGAGCUUGGAACCGUUUCUGGAGGAGUCAGUGCACCAGCAGAGGCAUGGUCUGCAGCUGGUCAAGGACUCUCCGGAGUCUCUCGAAGGUUCAGCUCUGCUCGACUUCAAGCAACAUCUGGGCUCCAUCCUCAGCAGAGUGGAGAGAAGGAAGACCCAGCUAGACAUCCUAACCAACCUGUAUGACUUCUAUGACACUGCAAACCAAUGGAUCGAGCACUGCCAGGAUUAUUUCCAUCAGUUGAAUCUGGACGCUACAGGUGCCGGAUUUUCGCCACCUGUGGUAAAGAUCCUGCAGGAUUACUACACCGAGGCGUCCAAGUUCUCCAUGGACAACUUCAGCAUCCUCAACGACAUGGUGCUCUCCCUGGAGAGUCCCCUGCAGCUUCAGCAGUGGACCACCGUGUGGCACAAGUGUCAGCAGACCAAGCAGCAGCUAGAAGAGACUUUGGCUCGAGCCAUGACUCACACUCCGAACACCACGGCUGUUGACAUAGAGGCUUCUUUAAAGACUCCAGAAAGCCCGAUUUCCUCCACAGAACAUCAUGGAGUGAAAGCGUGUGUUCUUUUCCCUGUUUCACCAUUAACUUUUGAGGACAAGCCCAACUCUGCUGGGCCUUUCUCCAAGAGCCCAAGCAGUUCAAUCUCCUCCUCACAUUUCACAUUCUCCCCCGACCAAGACAGCAAACUCAGGCAGAGUCCGUCCUUGUUUGACGACACAGACAGCGACUGCACCAUCGACUCGACAAUAUCUUGCCACUCCGAGCCCGUCUACUCUGGGACGUCCCGCCUCCGCAAGCAGCCAAUGAAGAAGAUCAUGAAGAAGACGAUGAGCUAUGAGUUGACCCCGAGGGACAGCAGUCAUCACUCGGACGUCAGCCACAUUCAUGGCUACACGGGUGUGUACAUAAAGGGUUUGGAGGUGGCUAAUAACGUGUCUGCGGAGAAGAAGCUGCAGAGACCUGAUGUAAUGAGCCCCGCAUUGGGACGCAGCCGCAGCAUGUCUACGCCCUCCAGGAUCAACAGCGGAUGCACUGAGGGAGAGGGCAAGAAACAGAGCAGUAAAGUGCAGCACAUCAUGGACGAGAUGAUCACCACAGAGCGGGAGUACGUCCGCUCGCUCAGUUACAUCAUUGAGCACUAUUUCCCCGAGAUGGAGCGCCCGGAUUUGCCCCAGGACUUGCGGGGGAAGCGCAGCAUCAUUUUCGGGAACGUGGAGAAAUUGUGGGACUUCCACAGCCAGUACUUCCUGAAGGAGUUGGAGUCAUGCGCCCACUCCCCGCUGUCCAUCAGUAGCUGCUUUCUCAGACACGAAGAUCAGUUUGGAAUGUAUGCUCUGUACAGCAAGAAUAAGCCUCAGUCCGACACUCUGCUCAGCAGCCAUGGGAACGAAUUCUUUAAGAAUAUGCAGAUGGAGCUCGGGGACAAGAUGGACCUGGCCUCCUACCUGCUGAAGCCCAUCCAGAGGAUGAGUAAAUAUGCGCUGUUGCUGAAAGACCUGAACAAGGAGUGCAGUCAGUCCCAGGAGCAAGAGCUGAGCGACCUCCGCACCGCAGAGGAGAUGGUCAAGUUUCAGCUUCGCCAUGGCAACGACCUGCUGGCGAUGGAUGCCAUUCGUGGAUGUGAUGUGAACCUAAAAGAGCAGGGUCAACUCCGCUGCCAGGAUGAGUUCAUAGUCUGGUGUGGACGGAGGAAAUACCUCCGCCACGUCUUCUUGUUUGAAGACCUUAUCCUGUUCAGCAAGACCAAGAAGAUCGAAGGAGGAUAUGACUUUUACAUCUAUAAACAGUCCUUCAAAACAGCAGAGAUAGGUAUGACUGAAAAUGUUGGCGACAGCGGCCUACGCUUUGAGAUUUGGUUCCGUCGGAGGAAGUCACAGGACACGUUCAUACUGCAAGCCAGCUCCGCAGAGGUCAAGGCUGUGUGGACAGCCAUCAUAGGGAAGAUCCUGUGGAGGCAGGCGCUCAGAAACAGAGAGUUGCGCAUGCAGGAGAUGGUUUCCAUGGGAAUUGGAAGCAAGCCUUUUAUGGACAUCAAGCCGAGUGAUGCAGCUAUCAGUGACAGAGCCAUUGACUAUUUCAUGAAGGGGUCAGAGUCCAGGACUAGGGCAUCCAUCGCGGUGUCUUCGUUUGAACACGCCACUUCGUUCAAGAGACCUCACUCCACCAUCUCCAACAGCAGCACCUCCUCCUCCAGCAGUCAGUCGUCCUCCUCCCUGAUGGGCCCGCUCAAUCUCCAUCUUUACUCCUCACCCUCUCACCCGCACACACACCCACACCUGGUGACCAGCGUUCCCUCCUUUGCCCAGUGGCCCUACGACUGCAUAGAGGAAGAUGAGCUGGAGCAGGACACCGGGAGCCAGCCCUCCAUGAUCACUGAGAGCUCGGAGACCUCGUCCCAGUGUACCUCCAGUGACAGUGUGACAGGGCUGAGCACCCUCACUAUACCCGGGCACCCCAACCUCAGCAUGGACUCCUAUAACAACAACAACAACAGUGGGACCCCACCUUUCCUGUGCGCCUCAAGCCCUCCCUCCUCCAUCACCUCUCCUUCCAUAUUCCAGAAAGAGGAUGACCUCCAACCCCAGGGCACCAAGUUCAUCACAGCAAGCAAGACCUCUCAUAUAACAGUAGGCCUCUCUACUGUGGUCUGACUCAGAGCUGAGGGGUUUUAGCUCCGUAAGUAACCGAUGUCACCGGAGCGGACACUUGUGUUGUUCCCUUCCAAGCCUCAUUAACAACUGUAAGGAACCCGACUGGCUACUAAUCUGUGUGAAAACGUGCAUGGCACUGUGUCCUGAGGGAUCUCCCUGAUGGGUGGUUUGUUUUGGAAACUCCUGUCUCUUUUUCAUCCUCUCUUUUCCUUCUGUGCGUCCGUUUGACAUGAGGGAGAAAUUUGUGUAAUGAACUUUGUUAUCAAGAGUUUUAUGUAUGUUUGAACACACGCAUGCUCUGUUACCACCUUUGUUUUGGGGCUUUGGAAUGCAUUUGUGCUUUUUUUGUUUUUUAUCUGAUUAAUUAGUUUUUUUAUUAUUUGUGUAAAAUGUGUAUUGUAUUUAAUUCAAAAGAAGAAAAUAUACACUAAAAGACUUCAUACAUAAAAUAUUACAAUGCAAAUAUCAGCAUUACAAUUAACGCCCUGGAGGUUGUAGGAAAUAAAGUUAAUCCUUCAGUGGUUAAAGUAAUUAGUAAUCAGUGUGAUUUCCUUUGUAAAUUGAGUGAACUUGUCAUAAAAACCUCUGCUUGGACUGAUAUCAAUGUUGUUGACUUAAACAUUUUUAAUUCAAUAAGAAAAAAAACAAUUAUAUUCUGAAUUUCUGAAUUUUAGCUUGUUGAAUCAAAGUAGUCCUAAAUAGUUACAUAUGUGACCAUUUGUUUUGAAAAAGGUUUAAGUAUUUUUUUAAAUAUAUUUAGAUAUGCUUCACCCAAAUAUCCCCUGCUGCAUAUUUUAGUGUUUCUUUUAAUGAACAUACUCUGUUCAUUCUGCUCCAUUCAGUGGUCAAAGAAAUGUGUCAGCGUGAUUUAAUUUGUAUAAAGCACAGUAAUCUAUUCAUCAACAGUUCAGUUUAAAGUAAGAUCAAUGCAAUGGACUCAAACUGUUUAAAUAAGUAGGAAAAACCUUAGAUGUAUAUUAUAAUGUAUUCUCAAGUAAAAUCAUUCAAAAUGCAUAAUGUGUAGACGAAAUGUUUUUCUAAAUAUGUUUUCUUGUGUUUUCCUUUUCUCUCUGUAGCUGUGAAGUCCUCAAGCUGAAUACUACUGACGUCUCAGUGGUUUGCUUAUCAGGACAAGGAGAUGGAGACAAGAGGAGUCCAGCUUCAAAGCACUAAAGGAUGAAGCUCAACUAUUUUAUGACAUUUCAUUGUAAUUCACUGUAUAUUGGAUAUUUUGACACUUAGUAUACAAUACCAUGAUGGUACUUAAAUGGUCUGUACAUUUGUUUUAAAAAACUAGGUAAUAAUCCAUGUUUAUAUUGUAGAUGUGUUUUACAAAAAAAAAUAGCAGGCAGAUCAAUGUUUAACUGUCAUGUUUCUUUUAUUUUGUUGCCAGUCCUUUGUAAUGAAACGUUUGUACAGGUGAUUAAAAUGUUUAAAAACAUAACGUUGUAUUUCUGUCUUUACAGCAGUUAAGUUUGACACUUUUUGCGUAUUUCUCGCAUACCCGCAUAACCUUUGAUUGGUAAAGCUUUCUGUGUGUGAAACCAGCUGGAAGUGUAUACGCAUCUGAAAAAAAAACCUUGCAGAUAUUUCCACUGAUACUAAAGCAUGAGUGUCAAACCACACACAGAGACCUUUGCAUAUAGAUCAUUAUUACCGUUGCACAGAGAGACGAAGGAUGAGGAGGGUUUUUUUCUUCACAUGAGAGAGCUUACAUUCAUUUACCACAAUUUCUGUGUCCUCG